UACCUUGUAGGACACCAAAAUGUUUACGGUAAUGUAAGUAAAUUAUUGUUAAAGACACAAGUUGAAUUUGUUUUAGCAUAGGUCAUUUUUAUUGUGUGCUUCUGGAGAACUCAGGAGUAUAUGAAUGUCCUUUCUCUCCCCCCCCCCCAAUAAUUAAAAUAAAUCAAAUUUCUUUGUACAAAUAUAGUCUGUAAGUGUAGCUGUUGUGGUUGCUUGAGUCCAUGAAGACAUGCUGAUCACUGAUUCAAAUGGCCAUUACAGUGUGCAUUAGUGGCCUGUAUUUUGAGCUGAAUCGGUCAUAAUUGUUUAUCUACAUUCUUCUUGAAAUAGCUUCCUCUGUUUCGGCUGGACUUGUGUAGAGGUAUCUAAACAAUCACGCUACUAAAGUGGAAAAUAAUGUGACUGGCUAUCAAACACAGACAUUUCUCUAGAAGGCUCCUUUUUUUUUUUUUUUUUUAACGAGCUCAAAAUGAACUGCCCUGUCAGAGUGGAUCAGUAGCUCCGCCUCCUCUCGAUUCUUAUUGGUUAUCUGUUUGAUCGUGUAGGAAGUUAGUGCGCUCCGAUUGGUCAGCGUUUCAUAGCGUUAUCUCAGCCUUGUAGAGUUUUGAUUGAGGUGCGCAGAAAAAAAUAUUCCAGUCCAGUGCGUCGCUUGGCUUUGAACCCGAGCCCGGUAAAUACGCACAAUAAUACUUGAUGUUCCAAAAAAAAAAAAGAAAAAAAAAAAGAAAAAGAAAAAAGGCUUUUGGAGAAUCAACACUACAAGCAGUAACUUUUGGGUUUGCCCUGUUUGAGCACAUGGCUGAUGGAUAAACUUGAUCCAGUAUCCUGAAGUGAGAAGAACGGAAAAGGAAAAAGAAUGAAACUUUCCCACAGAGCAGAAUGUGACUUGUUGUUUUGUUUUGUUUGUUUGAUUUUUAAUUAAUGUUUUGCCGACUUUAUUAAAAAAAAAUCCUGGGACUGGUUAUCUGGACCGCGGACUUUAAUUGGGAAGCAAAAAAAAGUAAGAAAAUACUAAGAAUAACAGUAAGUGGAAGAUUGAGAAGAUCAUUUGCGCGCGGCAGUUGUGCGGCUCGCACAUGUCCGCAUGAUGCGGGAGUGGAGCAGAGCGCGUGCGGAACGGAUAAUGUACGGAAUAGCACACGUUUUAUUCUGACUUCACCGCUUUUGCAUUUCAAGCUGGAUGAGAAAUCUCCCGGGCGAUGGCGUCUGAGGUGGUGUGUGGACUGAUCUUCAGACUGCUGCUGCCCUUCUGCUUGGCGGCAGCAUGCUUCUUCAGGUACAACUGGCUCUCCUUCGUCUACCUCAUCUACCUCCUCCUCAUCCCGCUGUUCCCCGAGCCCUCCAGCACAACCAUGCAGAGCCACACGGGGCGCUUGCUGAAGUCACUGUGUUUCACCAGUAUGACCUUCCUCCUGUUCCACAUCAUCUACCAGAUCACUGUCAACAGUCUGCUAGCCAGAAACAACAUCGAUCCUGGGUUCAACUGUUCAGGUUGGGAGAAAUCUAUACGACAGAUCGGAUUUGAGAGUGUUAUAGGGGCAGAUGUAGGAAAUGGCAUCCGGGUGUUUCUGCCAGACAUCGGUAUGUUCAUGGCCGGCCUCGGCACCUGGCUGCUGUGUCGAAGUCUGGAGAAGAAGAGACCAGUGGAGGAAAUGGCCCAAUACAACCAGGACUUUGAUGCAGAAGAACAGGAGGACAGUGAUGAAAAGAGAAUCCCUGAUGAAGAAGGUGAUGAGAUGCUGUACGAUGAGGACUUUGAUGCCGAAGAUGAAGCGGAAGAGGAAGACGAGGGUCUGGUAGAGGAUGAAGAAGAAGAAGAAGAGGAGGAGGAGGAGGAGGAGGAAGUGAAGGAGAGCGCUAAGAUGAAGGUCCUGCGCGUAGUUGCAGGAGUGGCGUCUAAAGUGAAAGAUAUCAUUGGUAAUAUCAUCACCACAGCAGGGAAGGUGGUGGUGACUAUAUUGCUAGGCAUGACAGGCAUGAUGCUGCCCUCUCUGACCUCAGCCGUUUACUUCUUCAUCUUCCUUGUGUUGUGCACGUGGUGGUCUUUCUGCCGGACUUUCGACACACUCCUCUUCAGUUGCCUGUGUGUGCUGAUGGCUAUCUUCUGUGCCGGCCAUCUCAUCGUUCUCUACCUCUACCAGUUCCAGUUCCUCCAGGACAGCAUCCCACCAAACGACAGCUACGUCAGAUUGUUUGGCAUCUCUCCUAUAAUCAGGACAAACUGCUCCUCUACAUGGAAGUUAAUUGUCUAUCCUGAUCUCAGUUGGCAUCAUUUUGUCAAUCCCAUCAUGCUCCUGGUGCUAUACUACACACUGGCCACACUGAUUCGCCUUUGGCUGCAAGAUCCAAUGAUCACGGACAAUGAGGAAGAAGAAGUGAAUGAAGAAAACGUGCCCCCCACAGCAGAAAAAAGGAGGCAACUAUGGUGGACUACACGGCAGAAGACUGAAGAGAAGAAUGCAGUGUUGGUGAACUCCAAUGGGACAUCUUUUGGUUAUGUCCCCACCCUAAAUGCAGAGAAUGGACCUGUCAGCUUGGACCUCUUCUCCAUCCCUAAGUAUAAGGUGGACCAAUCCAAUAAUAUUGAGGAUCAAAAGGACGGAGAUGUGUAUGAGGUGGUGGAGAUGCCGCCAGAGGAGGAAGAGGAGUUAAAGGAGAGCGAAGAGAAGGAGCAGACCGCAGCUCCCGCUGGUCUUGUCAAAGUCUUCCGUUUCAUUAUGAAGCAGAGCUACGUCUGCGCUCUCAUCGCCAUGAUGGCCUGGAGCAUUACAUACGUGAGCUGGCUGACAUUUGUCUUCCUCAUGUGGUCUUGCACUCUGUGGAUGGUGCGGGACAGGAGAAAGUACGCCAUGCUCACGUCACCCUUUAUGGUGGCGUAUGGGAACCUGGUAAUUGUGCUGCAGUAUAUCUGGAGCUUUGAGUCUCUGAAUUCUGUCCCUGGCCUCUUCCUCAAGUCCACCGUGCCCUUCAAUUCGCUCUGUUCCAAGGUGCUGUGUUUGCUGAGUUUCUGGCUACUUCUGCAUCAGACACUGACUGAACGGCAAGAUAAACUAAAAGAGGAAGCUACGCUUUCCGAAGUUUCAGUCGACUCAGAGAAAAAGGAGGUAGAGAAGUCAGAGGAAGAAGAAGGUGGUGAGAAUGACCUGAUGCAGAUGGUGGGAAAUCUGGUGAUGGCCAUGCUGGUGAAGUACUGGAUCUACAUCUGUGGUGGCAUGUUCUUCUUUGUGAGCUUUGAAGGACGCAUCGUCAUGUACAAGAUCAUCUACAUGAUGCUGUUCCUCUUCUGCGUGGCCCUCUAUCAGGUGCACUAUGAGUGGUGGAGAAGGAUUCUGAAAUAUUUCUGGAUGUCAGUGGUGGUGUACACCAUGCUGGUACUCACCCUCAUCUAUACGUGCCAAUUUGACAACUCCAUCAACGUCUGGUCUAACAUGACAGGCAUGAGUGAGGAAAAACUGAAGGAUCUGGGUCUGGAGAGGUUUUCUGUGGGUAUCCUGUUCACACGCAUCUUCAUUCCUACUUCUUUCCUACUAGUCUGCAUCCUUCACCUGCACUACUUCCAUGAGCACUUUCUUGAGCUCACUGACCUCAAGGCUGUGGCUGCCAAACAGGACAACGCCAUCUACAGCAUCAAGCAAAAAAUUCCAUCUCCUCAGAGCAAACUAGCCCAUCCAGAUGGCAGCUUGGCAGAUCUCACAAUGAUAAGCUCCUCUCCUGAACCCUUGGUGGACAUGGAGAAGGAAAUGUUGAUGGUGGAAAGCAUAGCAGAGGAGAAAAAAAAGGAGGAGAAUUCCAUCCAUGAUGAGAGUCAACAUUGUAGCGUGGCUACAGAUCCAGAAAUGCCAUCAGAAGAGAGCUCAGAUCUGAAAAAUAAGUGGCACCUGGUGAUGGACCGUCUGACUGUGCUGUUCCUGAAAUUUCUGGAGUACUUCCAUAAGCUGCAGCUCUUCAUCUGGUGGCUUCUGGAGAUCCAUAUCAUCAAGAUAGUCUCUUCUUACAUCAUCCUGGUGUCUGUUACCGAGGUGUCUCUGCUGAACUACGUGUUCCUGGCAGCAUGGGCUUUCGCUCUGCCCUAUAGUCAGUUCCGGCAUAUGGCCUCCAGCAUCUGCACUGUAUGGACUUGUGUUAUCAUCAUCUGCAAAAUGUUGUACCAGCUGGAGUCGAUAAAACCAGAAACAUACUCAAGUACCUGUACAAUGCCUCAUUACCCGAACGACCCAGAGAAUAAGACGCAGUUGUACAUGAAGAGGUCUUUGCUGUACGAGAAGCCAGUAGACCCUGCAAACUGGAUUGGACUGGUGAAGUUCCCCUCUCUUUUGCCGAAUCUAAGGAACAACUUACUGAUGCUGGCCCUUUUGGCGUUCGAGGUAACAAUCUACCGGCAUCAGGAGUAUUUCCGGCUACGCAACAAGCUCUCUCCUCCUCCUUUUCGAACUAUUUUCCAUGAAAUCACUCGUCAACACCUUGAUAACGGCAUCAUCAGCUGUGCCAAAUACUUCAUCAACUACUCCUUCUACAAGUUCGGGGUAGAGGUAUGUUUCCUUUUGGCGGUGAACGUGAUUGGUCAGCGCAUGGACUUCUACUCUAUGCUGCAUGCCGUUGCUCUGGCAGCCGUGAUGUACCGGCGUAGGAGAAAGGCCAUUGCUGAAAUCUGGCCUAAAUAUUGCUGCUUCCUGGCCUGCAUGAUCACCUUUCAGUAUUUUGUCUGUAUAGGCAUCCCACCAGCAGCAUGUAAAGACUACCCUUGGAGAUUCCCCAACUCUACAACAGAUUCCAAUGUCAUUAAGUGGCUCUACCUGCCUGAUUUCCACACAAGGCCAAACUCCAAGUUUCUCAUCUAUGACUUCAUGUUGCUGCUAAGCGCGUCGUUGCAGCGGCAGGUGUUCGAUGAGGAGAAUAAGGCAGCGGUUCGUCUGAUGGCUGGAGAAAACGUCGAGAUCUGCAGAGAUCUGGACGCUGCCUCCUUUAGUGUACACAACCCCGUCCCGGACUUUAUACACUGCAGGUCGUAUUUGGACAUGCUGAAGGUGAUUAUGUUCAGCUACCUGUUCUGGUUUGUCCUGACCAUCAUCUUCAUCACGGGUACCACACGCAUCAGUAUUUUCUGCAUGGGCUACCUGGUGGCGUGUUUCUACUUCCUGCUAUUCGGCGGAGAGCUACUUCUCAAACCCAUCAAGAAGAUCUUGCACUACUGGGACUUCCUGAUAGCCUACAAUGUCUUUGUGAUCACCAUGAAGAACGUCUUCUCUAUUCUUGCCUGUGGCUACAUCAACAAGCUGAAGGUGAACUGCUGCUGGCUGAUCCAGCUGUUGAGUCUGGCCUGCACCAUCAAAGAAUAUGAGGACCUGCCAGUCUCUAGUAGUGACUGUGACUUACCUAAGGAUGAGGCAGGAAUCAUCUGGGACAGCAUCUGUUUCAGCUUUCUGUUGCUACAGAGACGUGUCUUCAUGAGCUACUACUUCCUCCAUGUCGUGGCCGAUAUCCGUGCUGGACAGAUCCUGGCUUCUAGGGGAGCAGAGCUGUUCCAAGCCUCUAUAGUAAAGGCAGUGAGAGCUCGACUGGAGGAGGAGAAUAAAUCCAUGGAGCAGCUCAAGAGACAGAUGGACCGCAUUAAGACCCGGCAGGAGAAGUUUAAAAAGGGGAAGGAGAAGAUGCUGAGCCUGACCCAGGAGUCUACAGACAGCCAGACCUUAAUUCAUCCUGAUGCUGUUGCAGAGGAGGAGGAGGAUGAUGGAGCAGAGAAAGAGAAAGCCAAGGCCAAAAAAAAGCAGUGGUGGAGGCCUUGGGUUGACCAUGCUUCCAUGGUGAGGAGCGGAGAUUAUUACCUGUUUGAGACUGACAGUGAAGAGGAGGAGGAAGACGAAGAGAAAAUAGAUGAAGAACCUCACAAGAAAUCAGCGUUUCAGCGAGCGAUCGGAAAGUUUGCCUCAGCCAUCCUGGCUUUGCCCAGGUCUAUACUAAAACUGCCCAAAACUAUCCUUCAGUAUCUUAUCAGGGCAGCCAAGUUUGUGUACCAUGCAUGGGUCACAGACUCCAAAACAGCUCUUAAGGAGCGGGGAAAAGAGCGGCGGCAUUUCUGGAAAAGAUACGGAAGAGGGCGUAAACACAGGAAAGACAAGGAGGAAGGUCAAGUCGCAAUUGAGAUGGGAGAUGAUGAACAUCAGGCCUCAGAGGAGGAGAAUAAGGAAGGACCAGACAACAUUAUUAAAAGGGUUUUCAACAUCAUCAAGUUUACCUGGGUGCUGUUCCUGACCACUCUGGAGAGCCUGACCAUGUGGAUCAACAACAUCUGUAAAGAAUACAUCGACAUCUCCACUGUGCUGCGCAUCGAACGCUGCAUGCUUACCAGAGAGGUCAAAAAGGGAAAUGUGCCAUCACGUGAAAGCAUCCACGUGUACUACCAGAAGCAGAUGCGUCUGAAUGUGUCGCGCGAGUCCGGAUUGGAUCGGAUCAGUGAGGAGGACUCGAUCUCCGGAUCUCAUAAACCCCGGCGCAGACGCAGAGGAUAUACGUUAGAGAGCCAGGACUCUUUGGCAUCCCGAGACAGCAUCUCCAGUGCAUACACAGAGGCCACCAUGCUCUUUUCCCGCCAGUCCACACUGGACGACCUGGACGACGUACCUCAACACGUGCCCAAAACCAGCGAACGCGCUCGGCCCAAGCUGCGCAAAAUGCACAGCAUGGACAUGUCCAACUCCUCUGCAGACAGUGGCAGCAGCAACAUCUCCAGCGAGGCCACUCAGUGCAUCACUUUAUUCUCACGGCAAGGUACUAACGACACCAUUGAUGAGGUGGAGGACGAGCAAGAUCAACUACAUCACCGUGACGAAAGACCUGAACAUGUUGAGGAAGCAGAGACAGGCCCCUGGAGCUCCAUUGAGCCUGAUUCAGAGCUGGAACAUGAAAUGAAGCUUGAGGAAGAAAAACCUGAAGAAACAGAAUGGGCACCUGAAGAUCACGCGGAUGAGGAGCAAGACAGGCUGGAGGAUGACGGUGAAGCUCAAAGCCCCGGGAGGGAGGAUGGCGAAUCCUCAGGACCAGAGCUCAUGCCAGGAGAGGGGACGUCCAGACAGCUUUUCACCCCCGACACGGACAUCCCAAACACAUCAGAUGCAGAUGUCCCACCCAGCUAUAGCAAAGCAGUGAGCUUCGAUCGUCUCUCGGUUGCUUCACCAGAGAGUGAUGAAGACAAGCAGCUCAUGCUGAUGACCUCAGACAGCAGAUCAGACUUACUGUCGGACGAUGCACUGCUGCCCUCGCAAACCACUGAGCUCACAGCUAGUGAGCUGCUGCUCAACAAAAUGUUUUAUGACGAGGAGCUGGAUGGCUCGGAGCGCUUCUACAAGUCCCAGCCCCUGGGCCUGCAGCUGUGCUACGCUCUCUACAACCUGUUAGUGGCUCACUCUGAGAUGGUUUGCUACCUGGUCAUCAUCCUCAACCACAUGAUUUCAGCCUCCAUGGCCACACUGGUGCUGCCCAUCCUCAUCUUCCUGUGGGCAAUGCUCUCUGUUCCACGGCCCAGCAAACGCUUCUGGAUGACUGCCAUCAUUUACACAGAGGUUACCAUCGUCGUCAAAUACUUCUUCCAGUUCAGCUUUUUCCCCUUCAACCAGAACUUGGAAGUGGAUAGAAAGAAGCCCUAUCAUCCACCUAACAUCAUUGGUGUGGAGAAAAAAGACGGUUAUGUGCAUUACGACCUCAUUCAGCUUCUUGCCCUCUUCUUCCAUCGCUCAAUCCUCAAGUGCCAUGGUCUGUGGGACGAGGACGACCCCAAAGAGACCGCAAAAGACGCCUCUCAUCAUCGUGACGAGUCCGAGGACGAAGACAAAAUGGCAGCGGUGAUUCCAGCAGAGACAAAAAAGAAGAGCUCACCCCCUCGCUCUAUGAAAUUCAACCUGGGAAGUUCGACGGACUUUGAAUCCACGCAGCAUGUGCACGUGCGCCAACCUGAACUGCGCACGUACCAGCGGCGCAAGAGCUCCAGCGGCGGCUCGUACAUCUCACGCCACUCGUCCCAACGCUCCAAGAGAGGCAGCACGAGCACGAGGAACAGCAGCCGUAGAGGAAGCAGCGAGGUCGGAGUAGAACCCAAGAGCCGCAAGGAGCUCAUCAUGGAGAAGGUCAGAGAGCAGCUGAUUAAAGCCAAGGUCUUUCUCCUCAAGAAAGGAAGAGAGAUCUACCUCCCUAUUCGGCAGUUCUUCUUUAACCUCAUCCAUCCUGAGUACAGCGCAGUGACCGAUGUCUACGUCCUCAUGUUCCUGGCAGAUACCGUGGACUUCAUCAUCAUCGUCUUCGGCUUCUGGGCUUUCGGGAAACACCAAGGAGGGGCAGACAUCACAUCCUCACUGUCCGAAGAUCAGGUCCCAGGUCCGUUCCUGGUGAUGGUGUUGAUCCAGUUCGGCACCAUGGUAGUAGACCGAGCCUUGUACCUGCGUAAAACCGUCAUGGGGAAAGUGAUUUUCCAGGUCAUCCUUGUGUUUGGUAUCCACUUCUGGAUGUUUUUCAUCCUGCCAGGAAUAACAGAAAGGCGUUUCAGCCAGAACACAGUGGCCCAGCUGUGGUACUUUGUGAAGUGUAUUUACUUUGGUCUGUCAGCCUAUCAGAUCCGCUGCGGUUACCCCACCCGUGUGCUGGGCAACUUUCUGACCAAGAGCUACAACUACGUCAACCUGUUUCUCUUUCAAGGGUUUCGUCUGAUCCCGUUUCUGACCGAGCUGCGUGCCGUGAUGGACUGGGUAUGGACAGACACGACGCUCAGCUUGUCUAGCUGGAUCUGUGUGGAGGACAUAUACGCUCACAUCUUUGUGCUCAAGUGCUGGAGGGAGUCCGAAAAGCGUUACCCUCAGCCUCGGGGUCAGAAGAAGAAGAAGGUGGUGAAAUACGGGAUGGGUGGCAUGAUCGUGAUGCUGCUCAUCUGCAUCGUCUGGUUCCCUCUGCUCUUCAUGUCUCUGGUCAAAUCAGUAGCAGGCGUUGUCAAUGCACCUCUCGACGUCUCUCUUAGUCUCACACUCGGAGGCUUCCAGCCAAUCUUCACAAUGAGUGCUCAGCAGAAGGACCUGAUAAGCAUAACUUCGAAAAAGUUUGAGGAGUUCAAUAAUGCCUAUAAAGAUUCAACAGCGUUGCAGUUUCUCGAGGCCUAUGUGUAUCAGGAUCUUACCAUUGCCCACCUAGAGGGAAGCUCCAACUCGCUGUGGACCAUCAGCCCACCCAGCCGGAAAAACCUCAUUGAGAUGUUGAACCAGACUAGUGAAUUCCAUUUAACCAUUGCCUGGUCUAUACAGAGGAACUCAUCCUUAGGAGCGAAAUCAGAGACGGCAACAGGCAAGCACGUCAUCACCCUGGAGAAGGACACUAAAGACAAUCUUGUGAGACUGUUAAAUAACAAAACAUCGUCUGUGCUGAUCAAAAAUAUUUUCCCAAGAUAUCUGCGUGCGCCCAGUGACGCCAACGCUAAACCCAUCGAUCAGCUGAGUGCAGAUUUUGAAAACAUCACCCUGACUCUAGGCCAAGACAACACUACAGGAAAGCUUCAGGAGUGGUGGAUUGUGAACGAGACCAAGCCAGGCAAAAUCAAGCUACAGAAAAAGGCUGGACUGAAUCUCUAUAUCCUCAGUGAUCAAGUCAGCCCUCCUAGUCUAGGCUUUCUGGCUGGAUAUGGCAUCAUGGGUCUGUACAUGUCCGUGGUGCUGGUGAUCGGCAAGUUUGUGCGUGAGUUCUUCAGCGGAAUCUCGCAUACCAUCAUGUUCGAGGAGCUGCCCAAUGUGGACCGCAUCCUCAAACUCUGCACCGACAUCUUCCUCGUCCGAGAAACAGGAGAGCUGGACCUGGAGGAAGACCUUUACUCCAAGCUCAUCUUCCUCUACCGCUCUCCAGAGACCAUGAUCAAAUGGACCAGGGAGAAGAACAAGUGAGGCGGAUAAGUGUAAUGUCAUGGACAAGGACACUCAGUGCAUGAGGAGUUCCUGAUCGACAUGGAGAAGCACAAGGCUGGGGUUUUGAACAGCUGGAUGAGACGCCAGCCGAAAUUGGCAACUAGCUGCAUUUUGCAGUUCUUGGCCUCUCACAUAAACAGUACUUUUAUCAGACGUAGCGUGGGAGAGAUCACUGAUCUGUAGCUAACUGUACAUUAUUAAGGGCUUAAUAGACACGACUACUUCCCGUCAUGCGUCACUGCAAAAAAGCAACCCUUCGCAGCUAGGAGUGCAUGAGCCCAGGGGGCCGUCCAUCAUGUUUGAUUGACAAGGCGGGUCAACAAAUCCCUGUGUGAUUUAAAGAUCAGAGUCUGAGGACUUGAGUUGACUUCCAACAGACCUUAUUACUAAGUGCUUUAUUUUCUGAGCUGCGAGAGGCAACACUUGUUUUGUUUUUUUGUUUGUUUGUUUGUUUUUUCAGACGGUUGGACCGACACACAACAGCAAUCACCCGACAAUCUACACAUGCCUUAUUUAGUUUGUACAAAUAAUUGCGUUUGCAUUCAUUCAAUGUCUUUUCUCAGGAACACACGCCGGUCAUUUCAUCAUGAGAUGUCCUCUUUUCCAUUGCGUAUUAGAGCUGUUGGACUGGGCAAGAAUUUGAAUCUGCACCAAUGAGCACUGUCCUUAUGCACAGUGGUAAGAUGGCGAAGAAAGAAAGGUCGUAAAACUGAUUAUGCAGUGCUGAUUAAUGACUAUAUGUGGUUGGUUGAAGUCUAUGGAGCAUGAACGUUUUUUAUGAUGUGCAAGUAUUGGGAGAUAUCAUGUUUGUCAGAAAGAUAUAGCCCUAUAUGUGAAGAUAAAGAUAAUGACUCGUAUGGAAGGGGUAAAGCAAUAUGAAAACUGAUGCAUUUAUAUAAAAAACAAAAUUAAAAAAUGUAAAAAGGGAGGGGGGGUAUACUGGGCUGAUUUGUACAUACAGUAUAUCAGUGGGAGUGUGUAUUUAUGCACAGGAAAGGGCUGUCUUUGCUUUUUUUUUUUCCAAAGAGGCAGCACUUUGCAGUUUACAAUUUUCGAGUUUUCUUCUAAGUUCGACCUCCACGUCCCAGUGUUCUUGGCACAAUCGCGGAGACACUAGGAGAAUACUGGGAGAAGAGCAUUAAUGAAACUUAACCCCCAGAACUAUGCAUUAUUUAAAGCCAUUCUAGCAUGAGAGACUAAUUACUAUUUAAACAUGAGGUGUUUUCAUUACAUCACAUGUACAUAUGCUUUUCCAGGGACAAAGAAAUGUGAAGCUUUAUUAAGUUUGCUGUGUAGCAGAAUGUCAGGAUGGAAAAGAAGAGCUUGAGACAAGCGAUAACCUUCAAAUAAAGCACAUAUCAGAAGGCCACCGUUAUUCUCCUCUGUACAUUUUAUUUGCACUCUUAAAGUACAAAAUGAUUCCUUUAUUUUGUUGUUGUUGUUGUUGUUGUUCUGUUAUUUACAGGAACGUGUAGUCAAAAACCCGGAGUAAAUCUGUUUAACCCGAUUGUAGUGGAGGAGGCAAAUGUAUCGAGUUGUUACACUUUAUUUGUAGUGCUGAUGCCAUGUUGUACAUCUUAAACACUCCACUGCAACUCUGCUGCCCACUAAUGC